AUGGUAAUUGAAUAUCUGCCAUCUCUUACUGGAAAAUAUGCAGCUCAAGCAUUUGGCUUUAAGCUUGAGGAACAGCACGAAAAGCAUGCGGGCGUCUGGGAUAGAAUUAUCCGUGAAGAAGACGCGUGGACGCCAAUCGCUAUAAGACAAGGCCUCAAUCCAGUUUUAAUCGGUGACGGUCUGCACACCCUUUUCAACGAUCCCACACAGCCGGCCUAUAUAUGCCUUUCAACUGGAGACAAAACUAGAAACAUUCGACAUGACCAAACGAAACUCUUAGCGUCUUUACGAGAGCAUCAUUUCAACGAAAAUGGUGAGGUCGUAUUCCACGACUCGAAGAUUAUUUUGAAUAUUGACGAGGCUUUAUACAACCCGUUCUUUGUUACUUUAACUCCGAAAAGGCUCUUUUCUUGCCGAAAUAACCGUUUGUGUUCCGCCUCUUUAUACUGGGCAGACAGCCAGUAUGCACUUCGAACAAUUGGACCAGACGACAUCGUUGGCAUUGGAGAGAAAGUCUCUACUUUAAAAGAUGUGUCUCAUAUAUGUGGCAUUACUCUGACGCACCCAACAGAGAUGGCAUUGAGGCAAAGGCAUCAACAGUGUUUUCAACAUCCAAGCUGCCCGCCUACAUAUCCAGUUUUAUCCCUCGAGUACAAUGGAGACAACAUGCUUGGGUGGGAGUGGGAGGAUGGGGUUGAACAGUUUUGGAGGAUAUCCUGA